GGCGGCUGGCGAGGGAUGGGAGCGACGCAGAGCCGACCCGGCUGCUGCGCUGGGGUCCCGGGCUACAGAGCAAAUGGCACCUUUGCCUUAAACCUUUUGAAAAUACUGGGAGAAGACAGCUCAAAAAAUGUAUUUUUCUCACCCAUGAGCAUCUCCUCGGCCCUGGCCAUGGUCUUCAUGGGGGCAAAGGGAGACACUGCAAGCCAGAUGAUUCAGUCUCUCUCAUGGCUGUAUGCUUAUGUUGCUCUGUCUCAGUCUUUUAAAGAUUCCUGCCGCAAGUUCUAUGAAGCAGAGAUGGAAGAGCUGGAUUUUCAGGGAGAUACAGAGCAGUCCCGACAGCACAUCAACACCUGGGUGGCCAAAAAGACAGAAGACAAAAUCAGAGAGUUGCUGUCUCCAGGUACACUGAAUUCAGAUACUCUGCUGGUCCUUGUGAAUGCCAUCUACUUCAAAGGAAACUGGGAGAAGCAGUUUGACAAAGAGGACACGAGGGAGAUGCCUUUCAAAAUCUCCAAGAAUGAGGAGAAACCUGUGCAAAUGAUGUUUAAGAAGUUUACUGUUAACAUGACCUAUAUUGGAGAGAUAUUCACCAAGAUUCUGUUGCUUCCCUAUGCUGGCAAUGAGCUGAACAUGAUCAUCAUGCUUCCAGAUGAGCACGUUGAACUGAGAACAGUGGAAAAGGAAAUAACUUAUGAGAAAUUCAUUGAGUGGACAAGGCUGGACAAGAUGGAUGAAGAAGAGGUGGAGGUUUUCCUCCCACGGUUUAAACUGGAGGAGAAUUAUGACAUGAAGGAAUUCCUGUGCAAGCUGGGCAUGACUGAUGCCUUUGACUACAGGGCAGACUUUUCUGGAAUAUCUUCUAAGGAAAACUUGUUCCUCUCCAAGGUUGUGCAUAAGUCCUUUGUGGAGGUCAAUGAGGAGGGCACGGAGGCUGCUGCUGCCACAGCUGCCAUCAUGAUGCUGAGGUGCAUGAGGUUCACCCCCCGCUUCUGUGCCGACCACCCCUUCCUUUUCUUCAUUCAGCAUGUUAAGACCAAUGGCAUUCUGUUCUGUGGCCGGUUCUCCUCUCCCUGAGGAAAAGGUGUUCCUGUGUCUGCCUUUUAUCCACUCUCCAUGGUUUGUCUGUAACCCAAGUGACCUUAUCCAUAAGUGCAAUGAUAAUUUUGAAAUAAAGGGCUUUCUAGCAUCCCA